AUGGACAAGCCUAGAGUUCCUCAUUUCGAAGCAGCUAAUAAAGUACUAAGAUACAUCAAAGCAUCUCCAACUCAAGGGUUGUUCUUUCCAGUUAAUUCUAGUUUACAAAUGAAGGCAUUUUGUGACUCGGACUGGGUUAGUUGCUCCAAUACAAGAAGGUCUAUGACAGGGUAUCGUAUUUUUCUUGAUAAUUCCUUAAUUUAUUGGAAAUCAAAGAAACAGAUGAUAGUUUCCAAGUCAUCUGCAGAGGCUGAGUACAAGGUCAUGGCAUCUACUUGUUGUGAGGUUGUGCGGCUUAGAACUCUUCUCCAAGACUUACAAGUUUCUCCUCAAACUGCCCUGCUCUACUUUGAUAGUAAAGCUGCUCUCCAUAUAGCAGCUAACCCUGCCUUUCAUGAGCGUACAAAACAUAUUGACAUUGAUUGUCAUGUUGUAUGA